AUGCGGCGGCGGCUUAGUAAUUUUAUCGCUCCCCUCACAGUAAAUUCUGUCAGAGCCCACGUUGUUGGGGAACGCAGCGACCAUCACCACCAUGAUCACGGUCACCACCAUCGGCAGUUGGAGUCUGCAGUAAAGGGAAAUCACCUGCAGCAAUGCCAGAUUGUCACUGUCGUCGGUGGAGCCACCAAUGUUUUUUUCUCCCUAACUAAAAUGUGGGUCGGCACGAGAGGCGGUUCGGUGGCGCUGGUUGCAGAUGGUUUUCAUGCCCUCGUUGACCUUCUUGCAGAUGUCAUAUCGUAUGUUACGCUUACGCUUUCAGUGAAGCGUCUUCCUCGGUGUCGUUUUCCAUUUGGUAUUGGUCGAAUUGAAACCGCCGGUGCCGUUGUGGUAGCCUUUACUUUACUCUUGGGAGGCUUGACGCUCCUCUUUCAAUCAUUGGGUGAAUGCCAGCGGGAGUUCCUUCACCGCAUUCCUGGAAACGAUAACGCAAAUUAUCCUCAUGAACAUGUCCACCAAAAUUAUAGUCAUUCAGAUGAUGGCGAGAAGCAACCGGACGUUGUUGGUGUGCAGAAUCACCAUGGCCACUCCCACUUUCAGGUCACGCAACUUGAUGAAGAUGGUCGAGUAACGAUUCUGUGGACAAUGGUGCUGGUGUCAAUUGUCUCUAUUAUUGCAAAGGAGUUCCUAUUCCAGUGGACAAAGCGCGUAGGUGAGCGAGCUGGAUCACGAGUUGUUGUGGCGAAUGCGUAUCACCACCGCGCUGACGCAUGGUCUGGUGCAGUGGCACUUGUUGGGGUGGGAGGGCACUGUGUUGGCAUGCCAGGAAUUGACGGGUUAGCUGGCCUGUGUGUCUCUUAUAGCAUCUGCCGCAUGGGGUACAGUCUACUGCGCAGUAGCCUACUUGAGUUCUUUGACUUUCAAUGCGCCAACGAGGUGGCUUCGGUGCGGCAUGCACUGAAGCAAUAUAAAAAGACACCCUUUGUUAACGCAUUUCUUAUUCGCCAUGGUCACUCGUACGCGCUGCAUGUCACUCUCCUUGUUGAGGCCGAAAUGACGGCGUCAUCGGUCGUCGCUGUCGCAUCAGAACUCACUGCCCUUGCCAAGCAGAGCGUUGCGGUGAGGGACACAUACGCGACACUUUUCAUCUAUGAAAAAGAUAAAGAGGCAUCUUUGCAUGAAGCUCUGGAAAUGGUGCGGGAAUUUCACGGUCUGGAGCCCAUAAAGUGCCGUUGGGAAGCGAAGGAAAUUAUCACCCAGCAAAGUUUGUGCGGUGAGUGUAUUGAAGAUAUAAACACUGUGGCAUCCGCUUUUUCUGCGGUCGUCAUCCGUUCAGAAGGGAAUUCCCAAAGUUCAAAAAGAAACGGGACGUGUCACCGAUAA